GGAAGAGUUUCCGAAAGCAGUCGACAUUUGAACGUCUGCGUUUAUACAACACGAAUUCGUAAGGCAAAGCUGAAAAACCGUGAAAAUAUCAUGCUGAAAUCGUUGUUCAUAAUUGCCACAAUCCUGAUUGCCGCUGUGCUGGCAUCGCAGCAGCUGGAGGAGGGCCAGCGGCAGCAUCACAAGCGUCAGCAUGUGGCAACACAUGGCGGCCAGCUGGCGCAGCUCAGCCAGCAUCACAGCAUACAGGAUGCGUCCAAAGAGCAUGUGAAGCAUCAUCGCAUCAAUGUGCCCCUGGCGCCGCAUCAUUCCAAGUCGCAUCGCAAUGGCAGACGCCACAAGGCGUCCAGGAGCGGCAAAUCCUCAAAGAGCCAUCAGCAAAAAGCCCAUCAUCACAAGCAGCAAGCGCACAAGCCGCACGGACACGCUCGCCGGCACCACUAGAGGCCGCUUGACAGCCUCCAAAAGUUAAACAAACAAAAAAAAAAAUCAAACCUAACUUAAUUUUUUGCAUAGAGUAAUACGCAAACAUUUCGAUGCCACAAAAUUGUA